GGUUCCCAUUGGCUGGAGGAGGGUGAAGAAGUGGAACGAAGUUAAGUUUUUGUUAUGGGUGUUACGUGUUAAAUGAGGAAAUGUCACUAUGUGAUAUUGCGGAGUGAAAUUAAUUAAAGUGAUUUUGGUAUCAUUAAAGUGUAUACAAAUUAAGUAAAAAUGUUGCUCUUCGUAUAUCAUGCUAUUUUAGUGUGACAUUUUGUGUAUACAUAAAGGCAAUUGGAUGUUUCGGAAGUUACCCCUCACAUAAGCGAUAUGAGCGCUGAUUGGGUUUGAACACAGUAAAAACGAAGUUGAUUGUGUUUCAUGCUGGGGCUGAGCCCUCACUUAGAUAAUGUGGUUGUUCAUUUUGUAGUGUUCCUUAAUUUCAACUUAGUGGAACACAACAAUGGACAAAGAUACUGCCAAAGCAUGGGAAAAACCAUGGACAACUGAUGAGAUUAGAGAACAUAGUGCAAAUUGGAAUCUUGCUGGAGAUUCUGGUCUUCUAAAUCAUCUACAACAGUUCUCACAGAGCUUGUUGGCUAAAACACAUGCUACAGAAGUGGCAUUAGAUAAAUUGGUUGAGGAUUUGAAGACAACAUCAACUAGUGUACAGAAUGCUACCAACACAUUUUUAUUUCUUGCUAAUACUCAGUUUGUAGAGAAUAGAGUUUAUGAUGAUGAUGAGAAGGAGACUCCUCCUGAAGAAAAGAAGGAUGAUGUGAGUUUACCAAAAUCUAAGGGAGAGCAGGAAGCAGAAGUAUUCCAAAAUGUCAAGCAGGCUCUGCAUAUGGGUUUGGCAUUGCUGGACACUCACUUUGAAGCUGUGGAAGUUCCAGCCAGUGACAGUGAAGAAGAAGAAAGCUCAACUAGUGUUGGCCGUCUUGUGUUAAAACCUAAAAACCCAUAUCUUUCACGACCCCUUCCAUAUUUAAUUGGAUCAAAAGAAUUCAUGGAAGAUGAUAAAGUGGGCUUGGGUGAGAUAUCCAGUGAUACAGAAGAGUCUCCUGAUCAGAAUGUUGUCCAGUCGAGUGAAAGUGAUGAUGAAAUGGAGCAAGAUGAAUUAAUAGUCUCACCUAAACGAACAGCGGCUCUGUCUUUGAGUGAUUCUGAAAACUCAGAACCAGAGAGUGACCGCAGCGAUUCUAUAGUGAAACAAAAGAAGCCAAGAACUGGUAGUCCAGUGGGUGCAUUGGGAGAGGAGGAGGAGGAGGAAAGGGACAUGUUUGGCCAUGCGUCACCUCCAGAGGCUGAUGUAGUAGCAAUAGCGAAGGGAGGUUUGAAAAAUGCUUUCUCCGAUGAGCUUUCUUCCAAAUUGAUGGCUGCAAAAUCACAGAGUGUGAGUGAGAGAGAGCAUAAAAAAGACAAUAUGUUUGUGCCUUCCUCUGAACCUGAAGAUGAAUCAGGGCUCUUUGGUAAAACAAGUCGUUCUUUUAGUGAAAAGCAAGGUCUUUUCGAUGAUUUAGAUGACUGGCAAAACACAUCAGAUUCUCUGUGGAAAAGUCUACAAACUAAUAAAAUAGUUGAUACUAGUCAAACGUCAGAUAAUCAAGAUGAUAUAUUUUCUUCAUCCAAACAAAAGUUAAACAUACCUACAAACUUAGCUCAAGAAGAAAAAGUGAAGGAAAGUACUCCUAAAUCUCUCCUCUCCACUAACACUGAGGAUGAUGUUCUCUUUGGACCUGCUGAGGACACAAAUGAUCUUUUCUCUCAAAAAUCCAAAGUUACUGGAACUGUUAGUGGUAACUCUGCUCUUUUUGGUAAAGAGGAUAUGGAGGAUGAUGAUGAUCUCUUUGCGGUUCCAUCUUCUUCGCAACGAGGCUCUUCACAGAGUGUAACCAAAAAGAAGAAACUUCCUGGUGCUGUUCCUGUAUUAAAUAAUGUGGAUCUUUUUGGUAAUAUAUCUCCUAUUGUGAAACAAAAUUCUGCUGAAGAAGACAAUGCUAUAGGAAGGAACUUUGUAUCUAAUGGUAGUGAUUUGCUGGAAGAAUCUAGUAGUGGUAUAGUCAAAACCAGAGAUUUAGCAUCGAAACUUGAUGAGAGUGAAAGGAAAAGAAGGAAAUAUAAAGAGAAACUGAACAAGACAAGAAAGGAUUACCUGAUGAUGGAAGAAACAAAAUUAAGAGAAGAGACAGAAAACAAUCCAUUCAAAACUCUACAACUGCAGCAACCGAGGUACCCCAGAGAAAUUCCUAUGGAGAAACGUGUCUUUGUAGAAAUGUCCUACUGUCAGGGCAAUGAAAUGUGUGCUGCUCCUUCCCCUGGAACUACCAUUGCCUUUGCUUUUGGUAAUGAUGAAAGUGAUAUGAGUAAAUUUGUGUCAAAUUUAUCCAUGUCAAAACCUUAUUCUGCAUUCCAAGGAGGUGUAAAAGAGAACGAAAAAUCGUCCCUGUUUGCUAGCCAAAAAUUAUUUCAGAGUGCUGUUACCUCAACCAAAAUUGCUGAUGGUACCAGUAAAUCAUCUUUGUUUAACACAGAUAUUGAUAAUGAUAGUUUAUUUGACAAACAAAGGCAUUCGGACGAAGGUAUUCUUAACAGAAAUAUAUCUGGUUCCAAGAUAUCUACUGCUUCAAGUUUUAAACCCAAAACAAAGAAAACAACGAGUCUCUUUGAAGAUUCAGACUCUGGAGAGGAUGAACUAUUGUUUUCAUCCACUAGUUCUACUAGUUCUCGCUCACGCAGAUCUCAAGGAAGUGGUGAUUUUCUUGGGAGUGGUGCUGAGAGAAGGAUUCUUCCCAAGAAAGGGCUCUUUGAAGAUAGCUUAUUGUUUGGUGCUGUGAGCAAAGAUGAUCCUGAUGUUGACAUAUUUAGUAGUCAAAAUGAUCCAAAAUCUAAAAGUGAUCUAGUUGCCAAAGACAAUAUUUUCAACGGGAAUGAUGUAAUUGGUGAUAGUUCAGCAAUUGGUAAGAAAGGGGCUUCAAGUAUAUUUGAUGAUAUAGAUGAAGUGGAUGACAUAUUUGCAGUUCCCAAAAUCAGUGUAGAGAAGACACAUACUUAUGGUGGUAAAACUUCACAAGCUAAUUUGGAAAAAUUGUCAUUAUUUUCUGAUGCUUCAAAUGAAAAUAUAUUUUCCAAUACUACAAAUGAAAAUAAAAAACCUGAUUUUGUAUCUGAAACAGAACCACCCUCUCAGUCGCACGUGUCUGGAAAUGUAUCUGCGAAAACUAGUUCUGAAUGGAUUGGAGACAAUACAGCUUUGUUAUUUUCAAGUGAUUCUGUUUCUCAUUCUGCUGAGGUAGAAAAUGAAGAGGAAAAGAAAAAGGAUGAGACCAAGAAUGUCAAGCCCCAAAUAAGUCAGAAACCAAAGGUGCCAAUAAAACCACCUCCUUCAGCAGUUUCAGUUCAGACAAAUUCAGAUUCUUCAUCGACCUCUAAUGAGCUAAAAAUUGAAAGUGUGGAAAAUAGUCAGAAGUUUACAAAAACUAGUUCCACUGAUGCGGAAAAGAUUACCAAUAUUAAUCCAAAUGAUAAUGAACCUAAAACAGUAGGUGUGAGUGAAGGUGUUAAUAUUGGUGAUAAUCAAACCUCUACGUCUAACAUAAAACCAGAACCUCCACGAACACUUAAUAUUCGUAAAACUACUGAUAUAGUGUUUAGGAUUCCAUCCAAUGAAGAUGAUUUGUUUGAAUCCUCAUGGUCAGAGAAGUCUUCAUUAGGAAAAGAGAAUGCUAAUAAUGAGCCAUUAAGGAAUAAUUCUCUUAGUUCUAGUAAUUUCAGCAAAAUACUUGAAGAUUUCAACUCCCAUACAGCAAACACGGCAUCUAUGAGCAGUCUAUCUCAAGAACAUAGCGCAAGUAAUUCUCCAGAAAUCAGCAAAGAACGAAUCUCCUCUGUCGCAGAUGCAAAUCAUUCAGUUGUAAGAGAACCACAUAAGACUAUCUCUAGUCCAAGUAAAUUACGCAUUGAUCCCAGAACUCUGCUGCCUGGUGCAAAGCCACCAACCAUGACUGUUACGUCAGAUGGUGCAAUUGGAUUUGACAAACCUGCAGAAACAACUUCUACACUGCACAGUGCUGCAAAGGAACGUGUGAAAAUUCAGGUUAAAAGAAGGCCACAAACUCGACGGGCACGUCAAGAAGCAUUAAGAGCAUCAUCUAUAGACUAUGAUAAUAUUGAUGCAGCUCUAAUAUCACAGAUUUCAAAUAUUAAAAAUGAUAAUGGAGUGGUUUCCUCUAGUGCCUCAUCUAGUUCUCCUGUAAAAGACUCUCAUCCAAAAGUGUUGGUGCCAGAAAAUGAAAAUGUGUCAUUGCUUGUUGAAAAAUCUACAAACAGCGACAUUGAGAAAUAUCCAAAAAAUAAUACUGAAGACCAAUUGUCAGUCACAGAAUCAUUACCUUCCAAAAAUGAGACAUACAAGGCCGUCCUAUCUGACUGUUUGGGUGGGAAUAGUGCUCUAUCUCCAUUAACUGAUGAGGAAGACCUCUUUGCUGUGCCUCAUGAACUUCCAUUUGAUGAGUCAAGUAACAAGGAAAUGUCAAAUAAUGGCAAAAAUUUGUUUGGAGGUGCUCCAGUUUUAUCACCUAUGGAUGUAAAAACUGGAUCAGAGAGCUUUACUUCCCAGGCAACAUGUGUAGCUGAUGAAGAAGGAAUGGAAGGAAGUGAAAAUAGUGACCUUCAACAAACCCAGGACAGUUCAAGGAAAAACGAUGACCUGUUUAAAGGUCUUGUGCCUCCUUUUUCUGCAGGAACUAUAGACAAAAGCGUUAGUAAUAAUCCAUCUAUUGUUUCAAAGACUGAGGAUGUGUUUGACCGAAAGUGGCUUGAUAAAGAUUUAUCGAGUGGUAAUAGAGGUUUGUUUGAUGAUGUAGAUGAUGUUAAUGAUAAUGGUAAUGAUGGUUCUGAUGACGAUUUAUUUUCAUCUGCUAAGAAGCCUAUUGUAUCUGGAAAGAAAACUGAAAAAGGAACUUUUCCUGACAUUAUUUCUCAGAAGCCUCCUCUUUUUUCACCUGUUAUUGAUACUUCACAUGAAAACCAGCAAAAAAAGCAAUUGUCGUCAGAUGAUUUUCUUUCUUCUUUCACAGAAGAUGAAUCUUUACAGAAAGAUUUCAGUGUUCCUCCUCCUAAAUCACCUGAAAAUUGUAUUACAGAUCAAAAAGGUAGUGAUACAAAUUCAGAGCUUUUUCGUGAAAGUGUUAGUGUCUCUACUCAUAAAGAAGAGAGUGAAGAUUUGUUUACUUCUAAUGUGAGUUCCAAAGAUGUGAAGUCUGAUACUUCAGUGAAAAAUACAGAGAAACCAGUGACUUCACAAGAGAAAGUGAAACCUCUUGCAGAAUCUCUCUUCGGUGAUGACUCCCUUGAAUCAGAUGAUUUAUUUGGUUCUUCAAGUGUGCCUAAAAUGUCAGUGUCUGGGUCAAGUAGAAACUUAAUUUCUGGGCCUAAGUCUAAGGAUUCAAAAGGAACGUUAUUUGAUGAUGGUGAUGAUGAUGAUGACAUUUUUACAGUAGGUUUGAAUAAAAAUCGGGGUCCAAGGAAUGAAACGUUAUUUCCCAAAGAGGAAAUUGCACCGCAGAAUGCUGAUGCAGAUACUGAUGAUUUAUUUUCUAAACGAACUAGUAGUAGCAGAAGUCAAGGAACUAAGCCUUCUUCAGCACAGAAGGUACAAUCCUUUGAAGAUCCCUUGAUGGUGUUUAACAAGUGAAUAUAUUGAUGUACAUGAAAACUUGCCAUUUUUAUUGAUUUGGGAAAGUAUUGCAUAAAUAUGGAGGGGUUUACUUUUGUUGCAUGCCUAAGCCGCAGCUUACACGAUUUUAAAAUAUGCUCAUGUAAGGUGUAAAAAAUGACUGAUUUUUUGAGGCAACUUUCCGCUGGGUCAUAUAUGUAAAAAAAAAUCAAAAAACUAUGAAAGAGGAAAUGUAAUGUCAGUGGGAAAAUGAAAUUUGUAAAAAUGAAUUGGUGCAGUUGUGCUGUUAGACAUGACUAUUUUAUUAUGAACUAAACUGUUAAGUUCAGAACUCAACCUUUGUAAUGCAUUAUUAGAACUGUAUGCUUAAUUGUUACAUAUUUGCCAAUAAGAUGGGAAAGAUCUUUUCUAAUAGCUAUAGCAAACAUUCUUACCUAACACAAAAUAAUACUUGUUUUUCUGAUGUUGCCUUAUAGACUCUUUUCAAAAUUUUCUUUUGAAAAAUGUACUUUGUUUUGAGACAGAAUUGAAUAUGAAUGUUUCAUGAAAUUUAAUUUGUUUCCAUAGCUUUAUUACAUUUAUUGAUUUCAUUGUUGUUGUUUUUUUCUUUCUCCAUGCUUUCUAAUGAAUCUCAAUUUUGAAGGGUGAAAUUCAAGAACUUUUAAGCGUAAUAGCCUCCUUCUGCACUCUAAUAAUUAAAAUAUGUCAUGUCAUAACAUUUGGCUUUAAAAAAAUUUAUGAUUGAUCACUACACAAACAUAAAUUGUGAUAUUUUUCAAGUGCCAUUCAAAAAAAAUUUUAUUUAAAUCAAAAAGUCUGAGAUACUCAUGUUUGAAAAAUUGUUUUCUUAUGAUUUUUUGGUUGAUAAAAAAGUGUCUUAUAUUCCUACAUAACACUAAUAAUGGAUUGUACAGGUUAGUGCUGGUGCUAGUUGUUUGUUGAUUCUUAUAUCUGUAAAUUUCUUUGAAACUGUCCCAAAAGACAAUAAAUUGAAAGAAUGUUUGUAUAAGGUAAAACGGUGCACAAAUAUACAAGUACCUACUGUAGAAUGACUGAAACAGUCAUUAGAGAUACAUUAUUAGAAUAAUGAAAGCAGUGUGUUCUAAGGUCUGGGACAAUGUUCAUUUUGAAGUGCUUUGUAUAUUGAGUGAUGCAGUUUUUUUUGAUGAAGAAUGAUAAAUACUGAAAAAGACCACAUUUUCUUGUAUAAAUGUGUGUUUAUGUGUAUAUUUAGUUGCUCUGGUUGGGUAAUGUUUGGUGAUCUGUGAGAAAAUGGAAUUGGUAAGUCUGUGUCAGUUGUAUUUCAAGACUUUAGGUAAAACUUGAAAAAUACUUCAAUUUAAUCCCAUUCUUCAGUACUCUAUUUUGUCUUUUCCUUAACAACAUUGUUUGUUUAUUGCUUGCUUCAGUUUUUCACCUCGUUGUAGUUGUUUGUGGUGUAUUGUACCCCAUUACAUACAUUCAGAUAUAUUUCUGUUUGAAUGUUCUGUUUAUUUACAAAUUGAAAAAUUUACAAUAUCAAAAUCUAUAUUUCAUAGUUUAAUGCAAAACCUACUUGUGAAUCAAGGUAAUUAUAUUGUAUUAUUGUGAUGAUUUGUCCAUACAUUGACUAAGUCUAUUCAAAUUUCUGAGUGUGUUGACUUCAAUUUAAGUCUUUGAGGGACUGAGUGUUACAUACUGUGGUGUGUGAUUGUAGAGGCUAGUCAUGUUGGGUGUAUUAUGUACCUUAAUUCUGUUGUAUACCUAAAUGGCUUGUAAUGAAAAAUAGUCUCUCUUGUACAGGUCUUUGCUACAAAUUUAAUUUCAACCAAGCCCUGCAAAUGUUCAUUUUUUGCACUUUGGGAAAGAACUGCUUCAUGACCAAAUGUAAAUUAUGUAUAAAUACGAAGCUAUGUUAACAAUGUUACUGAGUAUUGUGAGUGAAGGAAGUGUAAUUCUUCUGUGCCGUCAAUACAUUAUUAUUUCAAAGUAUAUUAUAUAUAAUGCGAUUUGCCACUGUUAUAAUAAAUUACAUAAAUAUAAUAGGUUAUUGAUGUUCCUGCCACAUA